AUGACGGCGCCGGCGAAAGUUGCGCGCCGGCCGCUGACCGAGGCCGAGGUGGCAGCCAUUUUAGCGGAGCGCGAGGAGCGCGCGGUGCGCGCGGCACGGCUGGCAGCGCAGCGGGUGAGGGAUCGGCAGACCGGAGCCGUGAGUGUCUUGGACGACGGCAGCUCGCAUCGGCUCGACGAGAUCUCGGACGAGGCGUAUGCGCGAUGGCAAGAGUCACGGCGUGCACCGUGGCGGAGCGGAAUGGCAAGCGGGAUUGUGAGUGGGAGUGGGAGCGGGAGCGGGGCUUGUGGGCGGAGCAGCCGCGGCUCGUGCUCGCCGAGCGGGGCUAGCAACACUGGCGUUGUCACCCGGCCGAUGACCGCAGAGGCUGUGCGAGCGGCGCGAGUGCGAGCGGCGCGAUUGGAGCUUGCGCAGGUGGCGUACGGAAGCAAAGCGGAGCGAGAGGCGGCAAUGGGGCGACUGGCGGCGUCGCACAUCGACUCGCCGGACGACGCAUCGUCAACGCAUGCCUUUGUGGUCCUCCGCAAGAUCUUCAGCUCGCCGCCAAAGGUGUGAGGCGAGGCUGGCUUUACUGGUUCUACUAUGCCGCCCAAAGCAGUUUGGCGCGGGCCAGAGCGUGGGCAAUGAGCUCGCCAAGGGCGUCAAAGUCUUCGGCGGACGGCAGGGCGGCAAGACGCGGGUACUGCAGGUCAGGCGG